AUGGUGAAUUUGGGCCAGCUCGUGGCCAGCGCCACACACCUCCUCGAAGGGGAGGUGGAGGCGCGACAUGGCCACGAUGUCCAUGCAGCUUCAGCGAUCAAACCGGUCUGCACUGAGCCUUACUGUGGUGGCUUCUGGUGGGCGCAGCCGAAGCCCGCCGUCCCAAAGAUUGAUGGCGAGCUUGGCGAGGGUGCAAAGAGAGAGAAGGAGUCGAAUCCAGUCCCAGUGGACUUCCCGGACGUCUCCUAUUAUCCGGCGUUCGAUCCGCCUAUUGCUUCAAAAGUGCAUCUUCUGCGGGCCAACAAGGGAUACUACGACCGCUGGAAUGUGCCCAACGCGGUCACCGUGACUGUGGACACCCCGAGCGACCUCAAGUUCUUAGCGAAUGAAGUGCUCAACAACUUCAUGCGGGUGCAGGAAGAUGCAGGCCUUGGUCAUCCAGAGCGGGUGGUACGCCAAGGGCUGCAGCUGAUCAGUUGGAAAUCAAUGGUAGGAGGUGGAAGGCUCCACGUCACGCCUUUUCUGGGUAGCAAGAAAGAGCUGCUGUCCUCCUCAUUGCCUGUCAAGCUCAGCUUCGGAGGAAAGCCGUCCGGAGCUGAGACAGUGCCAAAGGAAGGGGGGCUGGAGCCGGAAAUUCCCGAUGCACCGGAUUACGGCAAGUACGAUCGUCCGGAGGACUUGCCUCAGCGGCCCAUUUUUGUGCCGGUGAAGCGCCUGGACUUCGUUCUUCACCGACGAAAGAAAGUGCGCCACCCGAUGUUCGGAGAUGCGCCAGUGCCAGAGGAGGUGCAGCUUCAUCAUGAUCUAGUUGCGGUCAAUGAUCUAGACAGAUCAGAUCGCGCCGCUCAUUCAGGACAAGGUCCGGUGGCUGCCGCCAUUCCGGAGGCACUUCUGAGAAGCAUGGCGAUCCUGCUCCCUGACAAGGAUAUUGACCCCGCCCUUGCGCAACUGGGAAGCUGGGCUAUGGGGCUGGGUGCCUCCGUUGGCGUUGCCGUCGGCCGCCCACACUUCACUCGACACGGCACGCCAUAUUCUCCAUGUGCAUAUAUAUCUGGGUGUCUGCUGAUCGACACCAUCUUGCUGUGCAUCCAGCAGCUCUGA